AUGGCGGACGGGGCGGGUAGCAACGGGGACGCCGCGGGGCUGCCGGUGGGCAAGGAGGCAGUGGACCGCCUGAUCCGGGAGAACGGGCACAUCUUCACCGAGGCCCAGUGCAAGGUGUGCAGCGCCCUGCUCAUCUCCGAGUCCCAGAGGCUGGCCCACUACCAGAGCAAGAAGCACGCCAACAAGGUGAGGCGGUACCUGUCCAUCCACGGCGGAGAGGAGCUCGCCCACGGGAAGAAGAUGAGGCUGGAUGCGAAGCAGGACAGCAAGCAGGAAGGCAGCAGUGGGGAAGACAGGAACAAGUGUUGUCCCAUCUGCAACAUGACCUUUUCCUCUCCGGCUGUAGCAACAUCUCACUACUUGGGCAAGACUCAUGCCAAGAACAUGAAGCAGCAGUCCCCCAAAGUGGAAGAAGCGGUGCCCCCACAGAAACACCCUGCUACCCUCCCCACCUCUACCGUUUCUUCUAACGAAGAGAACAAGGACAUUACUGACCCAGACAAGUUCUGUAGCCUCUGCCAUGCCACUUUCAACAACCCCCUUAUGGCAAAACAGCAUUAUGUAGGCAAGAAGCACAGAAAGCAGGAGACCAAACAUAAGCUGAUGGCACACUACGGCCGAACCCCUGAUGCACCGGCAUCGUCUUUCAUGGCUGGGAAGGGGUACCCCUGCAGCACAUGUAACAUAGUACUGAACUCCAUAGAGCAGUACCAAGCUCACAUCAGUGGCUUCAAACACAAGAAUCAGAUGCCAGGAGCAGUGCCGGUUGUCGGACCGUUCCCGCCACAGCAGUAUGUCCGGGAAGAGUCAACUGCCCCAGGAGGCUACAGUUAUUUCAGCCAAGACUUCUAGAGCAAGUUGCAGCACUGUUCUGGGAGUUGUUGGUGGCCCAGGAACGCACAUCCUUUGCCAGCCCACAAUGGUUUCAUUAUCCCUCUGGAUAAGCAAAGCCCUACCCUCCUGUAUGCACCCGUUGAGCAGAACGGGGACUGAAUCUGUCAGAAAAAGGAUCCAGCUGGAAGAGACUUGCUAGACAGCAAAUACUUCACUCCCUUAGAGUAGUUUUCAUUGUGUAAUUGCUUCCUGUGAAGGUGGGUGCGGUGUGAGAGGAAGUGUGUAUCUGGUAUAAGGAGGGUUUGGCAACAGGCUGGUAGUGGCCACCUCCUCCCUCACCAGAGCAAAUAAUGGAUUCCUGCACCUGGAGGGCCAGCAUCCCAUGCUCAGAGGUGGAUUUUGCUGGAGGAUAACUCCUAGACGGUAGCAAGCAGUGCUUAUGCAGUGUGAAUGGCACACGGUGCAGAUUGCCUGGCUUUGUACAGGCCUAAAAUAGGAAAUAACCAGCGUGGCAUCUCUUUCCAUGCCUCCUCCGGUCAGGUUUGUGUGCAGAAUUUCAUGAGCCACUGAUUGCCGUUGGUUCUGGAGCUGGGUUGUUUGGGUCUGUUUAACAAGUAGUUACAACUUCUGGUGUGCAAACUGCUGCUGGUGGGAGUGGAGGGCAGCAAGAGGGGCUAGAGCUCCUGGCUCUCCUCAGCUCUCUGCUCUAAGGAUUUCCGUGUGGAAGGAAGUAACUGUUUAGCCUGGUUUCCUAUGGAAAUAGGUGUACGUGAUCAUUCACCAUGUGUGUCUUUACCCCCUGUGACUUAAACCAAUCUCAGCCAAACUUGGCAGCGGUGGAGAUCUCAAAGAUCUGAAUGCAAUCAGCAGAGGAAGGUAGAGCAGGUUGAGUUUAUCUCUAAUUCUGUCGGGGUCUGCAUGGAAGUGCAGCAUUUUCCUUACUGCCACCAAAAUAUUCUGGGGAAGGAGGGUUUUAAGGGAAAAGAGAGGGAAUAAAGCCGAUGCAGCAGAAAACUGUAGUAUAACUUGGUCAAAUCGCUAGCUGACUAAAAAGCUACAAAUCCUCUGGAAACCUGCCUUCGUUAGUCCUUCAUUAGUCACUACUUGCCCAACCCCUCUGUUCAAAGUUCUUACACAUGUGUACCAUCCUGGAAAAGGGAUGUUCUGUAUUUCAAACCUGGAA